AAUCAAGGAGAAGCUUUCGAGGUGGUGAUCUCUGAAAUUGCUCAGUGAGCACCUCUAAUUAACGUGAUUUUUUUGAUGAUAAUCAGUCACAAUGGAAUCAAAUCAAAAAUCCGGGAAUGGAUUGGCCGGCACCCAGAAAGAAGCUGUCCUCCGCACAUUAAUUCAGCGCACAGGAUAUAAUUUGACUCAGGAAAAUGGCCAGAGAAAGUAUGGAGGGCCACCACCGGCCUGGGAUGGACCACCACCAGAAAGAGGCUCUGAGAUUUUCAUUGGAAAAUUACCACGAGACCUCUUUGAAGAUGAACUUAUACCAUUAUGCGAAAAAAUCGGUAAGAUCUACGAAAUGCGAAUGAUGAUGGACUUCAAUGGAAACAACAGGGGAUAUGCUUUUGUAACCUUUUCCAACAAACAAGAGGCCAAGAAUGCUAUCAGGCAACUGAACAAUUAUGAAAUCAGGAAUGGACGGCUCCUAGGGGUUUGUGCCAGUGUAGACAACUGCCGUUUAUUUGUAGGAGGAAUCCCUAAAACUAAGAAGAGGGAAGAAAUUUUAGCAGAAAUGAAGAAAGUUACAGAUGGCGUGAUUGAUGUGAUCGUAUACCCUAGUGCAGCCGACAAAACAAAAAACCGUGGAUUUGCUUUUGUGGAAUACAGCAGUCACCGGGCAGCAGCUAUGGCAAGGAGAAAAUUGCUACCAGGAAGGAUACAAUUAUGGGGACACCCUAUUGCAGUAGACUGGGCAGAGCCUGAGGUUGAAGUUGAUGAAGACACAAUGUCAUCAGUAAAAAUCCUCUAUGUGCGAAAUCUUAUGUUAUCAACGACGGAAGAGACUAUUGAAAAAGAAUUCAACAGUGUUAAACCAGGAUCAGUUGAACGAGUGAAGAAAAUCAGAGACUAUGCAUUUGUGCACUUUAAUAACCGAGAAGAGGCGGUGGAAGCCAUGAAAGCUCUGAAUGGGAAGGUGGUGGAUGGCUCUCCUAUUGAAGUUACGUUAGCUAAGCCAGUAGACAAAGACAGCUAUGUGCGAUACACCAGAGGCACAGGCGGACGAGGCACAGUUUUGCCAGAAUAUACCUAUACAUUUGGGCAUGUCUAUGAUCCUGCUACAGCCUACCUGGGAGCCCCAGUAUUUUAUGCACCUCAAGCCUAUGCUGCUAUUCCCAACCUCCAUUUUCCAGCUGCCAAAGCACAUCUGAGCAACAGGGGCAUUAUCAGGCCUCCAUCGAUUAGAGAAAUUUACAUGAAUGUACCUGUAGGGGCUGCCGGAGUUAGAGGACUAGGAGGCCGUGGCUACUUGGCUAACCCUGCCUUGGGUCGUGGAUACCAACUCAAAGGAGAAAAGAGGGGGGAGGACAAACUCUAUGAUCUUUUGCCUGGAAUGGAGCUUACACCAAUGAAUCAUGUCAGUUUAAAGCCACAAGGAAUCAAACUUGCUCCACAGAUAUUGGAAGAACUCUGUCAGAAGAACAACUGGGGGCAGCCUGUCUACCAGCUUCAUUCUGCUAUUGGCCAGGACCAAAGACAGCUGUUCUUAUAUAAGAUCACUAUUCCUGCCCUUGCCAGUCAAAAUCCAACUAUGCACCCCUUCACACCACCCAAGCUAAGUGCAUAUGUAGAUGAAGCCAAAACCUAUGCAGCAGAGUACACCCUUCAGACCUUGGGCAUUCCCUUAGAGGGAGCAGAGACUCCAACUGCUGCAGCUCCUUUUCCAGGGUACACCAUUGCUAAUGCAGCAGCAUCCGUGGCAGCCACUCAGCUCAAGCACACCGUGACUCUAGGACAAGAUUUGGCCACCUAUGCAGCGUAUGAAGCAUAUCCUGCAUUUGCAGUAGCUACUCGCAGUGAUGCUUAUGGAGCUUUUUAAAAAUAAACUUGCAUUAUAUAAAGUAAUGUUUCACCUUGAAUUAUGCUUUGGCAGGGGACAAGAGGUGCUUCAGGCUAAUGAUUAGUUGGACAGUGUAAUUUUGAAUUAAUGAUUGAGCAAAUUUAUUGAUGUAAGGAUAAUUUUUUGCUAGUAGAUUAGCAGUUUAGUCAUAAUAAAUAAUGCUAAACACUGAUAAGUUUUUUAUAAUGGUUUUAAGUAAUUUUAAACUGGAAAUUAUAAGCUUCAAAAGAAAAGAAAGCUUCUCAAAUAUAACAUGUGGGGUUUGUGUUUACAAAUAAUGAACCUUGAUGGAAAAUGCUCAAUAGUCUUUUUCAAAGUGUAAAAGACAUUUGGGCUCAUGUAGCUACUACACCCAAUGAUUUUCCAGUUUUUGUACAUUUUAUACAGUUAUUCUUUUCAGAAGUGACAACCCUGUGCACCAAGAGCCCACCAAAAAUGCUGUGUCCUACCCAUGAUGCUUCCAAUCGGUACAGUCACCAUUUUGGAUUGUGGCCCUUGUGUACUAGAAGAGACAUAGUGAAAAGCAACCAUUUCAAAGGUGCUGGCUUCUGUUUUGAGAAUCUCCAUUUUUACCCUUAAAAGAAAAAAGUGUUUCUGGUCCCCAUGAUGGUAGGAGACGAAAAAACUGAAAAUAUGCCAAUAGGGUUCCAAAGGUAAAUCAAUUGAACCCCCACCACAUUCUUGUCCAGAUACCACAUUCAACUGAUCUAAUGGUAUUUCAGGGGCAUAAUCAUUAUUUUGAAAUUGUUAGUUCCAAAUAUACCAUGUGAAGAUGCUGCUUGGUCUUUACUCGCUAUAUUCAUAAUAACAUGAGAACAUAAGAACUAGCCUGUUGGAUCAGACCAGAGUCCAUCUAGUCCAGCACUCUGCUACUCACAGUGGCC